ACCAAUACGAAUAUAAACAGUGCUACUACAUUAAUAGUUAAAAUCAUAGAAUGAAUGAAUCAUUAAUUCUAAUGCAGAUUUACAUUUUUAUUCAUGACUGCGUUUUCAAAAGGACAUUCGUAAUCCUUUCUCCGUUUCCCCGUGUCAAAGAUGUACGUUUAUCUUCUGACUUCUGUGUGAUUUAUCUUCUUUUGGAAUCUGUGCUAUUGCCUAUUGCAAAUUUUGGGCUUCAUUUGUCGUCUGUGAUUUUGGGAAUGUCAGAUCAGAAUAAAAAUAAAUAAAUAUAUUUAAUUAAUUAAUGUUUCUUAAUUUCCUCGCGCUAAUUAAAGUGAUGUGAAUGAUUUUAAGUACGUAAACUAAAGUCUAUCAAAAUGUCGAAAAUAUUUACACCAACCAAUCAAAUUCGUCUCACGAAUGUGGCUAUUGUAAGGUUAAAGAAAGGUGGUAAAAGAUUUGAAAUAGCAUGUUAUAAAAAUAAGGUAGUAUCAUGGAGAAGUAAAAUAGAGAAAGAUAUUGAUGAAGUACUGCAGACUCACACUGUGUUUACUAAUGUAUCAAAAGGACAGGUGGCUAAGAAAGAAGAUUUGAUCAAGAUUUUUGGUAAAGAAGAUCAAACUGAAAUAUGUAAGGAAAUAUUAGAAAAAGGUGAAUUACAAGUGUCUGAUAAGGAAAGGCAUUCUCAAAUUGAUUCACUAUUCAAAGACAUUGCCACAACAGUGGCUGACAAGUGUGUAAACCCAGAAACAAAGCGGCCAUACCCUGUCUCAAUUAUAGAAAAAGCUAUGAAAGAUAUUCACUUUUCUGUCAAUGUCAACAAAAGUGCCAAACAACAAUCCUUAGAUGUUAUACCACUUAUUAAAAAAGAAAUUCCUCUUGAAAGAGCUCAAAUGCGAGUGAGGAUACUUUUGCACGGCAAAGAUGCCCGGAAAAUAAGAGAUAAAGCUGUUAAACUAGCAAUGAACGUUGAAGAAGAAAAUUGGGAAGCUGGAACUGCAAAUAUAAUAUGCCUCAUAGACCCAGGUAGCUUUAGAACCUUGGAUGAGAUGAUCAAAACCGAAACAAAGGGCAGUGGGCAAUUUGAAUUAUUAAAUUUGAAAGAAAUGGUUGAAGGCGAGCAAGCCUUGUAAAAGGAUUUAAGGAACUCAUAUUCAUAGUUUUUUGUAUUGUAAGUUAAAUUACAAAUAGUAAUAUAACUUUGAUGUUAAAAUAAUCUUAAAUAAUAAUUGAUGAAAAUCAAAAA